AUGGGGGGAGAUGGAGGAAGUUUACCUCAAAGAGUUGACUUAGUUCGUAUGAAAAAUAAAAAGUUAAGAGAAAACACAGGAAGUUUAGGUUAUGAAAAAAAUACACUUGUUAAUGUAAAUCAAAAUAAAUAUAAUAAAAAGGAGUUACGAGAAUACCAUUUCAACCGUUGUGCUAUAUCUGAGGAAUUAUUAAAAGAACCAUUUUUUUGUUGUCGCCUUGGUUACUUGUAUAAUAAAGAGCAUGCCUUUCAAUUAUUGCUUGUUAAAAAACAAAACAAAAAGAAAAGAAAAAAAGAUACUUUUGAAAAGUUUGCUCACGUUGAUUCUUUAAAGGAUUUAGUUCUUUGCAAAAAUAAAUUAAAUGAAGAAGGGAAAUUGAUUUGUUUAAUUUCCAAAGAAAUUAUAAAUUCUACAUCAGGAGGAAUUUGUUUAUUUUCAUGUGGUUGUGUAUUUUCAAAGAAGGUGUUUAAUCGAGUCAAUAUUUCUGAGGAUAAAUUGUGCAUAACUUGUAAUAAGCAAUACAAAGAAAGUGAUAUUAUCGAAAUAGGUGUAGAAGAUGUAGCAUUAUUGGAAGAAAAACAAAAGUAUAUAAUUAAAAAAAGAAAACUUGAAAAAAAAAAAAAAGAUUCAUAUUCACAUUCAAAAAAGGAAAUGAAGAAUAAUGACGCUGUUAAAUAG